AUGGGAAAGGCUCAUAAAUCUAAGGGAUACAGAUUGGAAAAUACAAUUUCAAAAAAAGAGUUUCUUGAAUUUAGAAAAAUACUUGGGAUGCCUUAAUUUGAAUUGACAAAUAAAAAUUGUAAUUUAAUGAAAAUCUAAGCAUUGCAUAUAAAUAAUGAUGAUGAUAUUAAAUAGAUUAAUCCAAUUGUAUAUUUUAUAUUAAUUAACUUAGAAACCAAUACCUGAAGUCAAAUUAUAAAAAUAUCUCUUACAAUGUUAACCAAGUGAUCAAUCAAUUAUUAUUUCCUUAAAUAAGAUUAAUAAUUUUCUUAAUCAAUAAGGAAAAGUCAAAAGCAUUGUUUAAAACAAAGAAGAAGAUAAAUAUAAAAAAUAAAAUAGUUUAAGCACUGAAGUUUAGUUUUCUAAUAAAGAUGAUUGA